AUCCAUGAUAUGAUUUGAAUUUUAAAAUGUUCUCAAUCGGUAUAGUAGUUUAUAUUCAGAAAAAUAUUUUGUACUUUCCUAUCUAUAAAUAUCAUAGUAUAUAAAGUAAGUACCUAUGUCAUUUAUUAAAAGAUUAAUAAUAAUAAUAUAGUAAUUUAAUCACAUCUGUUAAAUUGAUAAAAAUUUGUCACAGCUAAAGAAACAAUAUUUUCAUCAGAAACAAUUAAUAUUGAUGAUUGUCAUAUCAAAUAAAUUGAAAUUUGAGUGACACUAUUAUACAGUAAUUAAUAUUUUCAUUUCUUGUAUCUUUCAGAUUAAUAUUAUUAUUUAAAUUAUUUAUUUUAUAAAUUUCAUCAUAACGGGUGCUGAACAGUCAAUCAUGUCCGUCUCUCAGAUGGAAAGAAAUUUAUUUAAUCUUAAAUUUGCUGUAAAAGAAUUAGAGAGAAAUUCAAAGAAAUGUGAGAAAGAAGAAAAAGUAGAAAAAGCAAAAAUAAAAAAAGCUAUUCAAAAAGGUAAUAUGGAAGGUGCACGUAUUCAUGCAGAAAAUGCAAUUCGUCAACGUAAUCAAGCACUUAAUUAUUUGCGAAUGAGUGCAAGAGUUGAUGCAGUAGCUAGUAGAGUACAAACAGCUUUAACUACACGAAAAGUUACUCAGUCAAUGGCUGGAGUAGUUAAAGCUAUGGAUGCAGCAAUGAAAUCAAUGAAUUUAGAAAAAAUAUCAGGUUUAAUGGAUAAAUUUGAAAGUCAAUUUGAAGAUUUAGAUGUACAAAGUUCAUAUAUGGAGAAUACUAUGUCUCAAACUACAACAACCAAUGUUCCCCAAAAUGAUGUUGAUUCUUUAUUACAACAAGUUGCAGAUGAAGCUGGUCUGGAAUUAAAUAUGGAAUUACCAUCUGGACAAUUAGGUAAUAUAGGUACUUCUACUAUCAGUCAAGAACAAGAUGAACUCACACAGCGAUUAGCAAGACUUCGUGAAUAGUAUAUUAGAUAUAAAAUCAAACGGAAAUAUGCUUAUUUACUAUUAUUUACAGUAAUUUAUUAACUUUAUAUUCUGAGAACUUGUAGGUAUUAAAAGUAAUUGUAUACCAUUAGUGCCUAUAUUCUUGGUAAUUACUCAUUGUAUAUUAUUAAUAUUUUUUUCAUAAUAAUUAACUUGAAAAUAAUUAUAAUAAUUGAAUAAUUUGUACUAUUGAAUUUAUUUUUGAGACAAAAUAUGAUUUUUUUAAUAUAA